AUGACCCGAGCCGAGACCCCAUCUCCGCCGUUCAUCACAUGGUCCCUCACCGGGAAGCGGGGCAGGAAGAGCCCCCACCACCAGCCGGAGGCCCAAGAGCGCGACAUCGCUCGCUUCCUCCUCGCGCUCUCCUCCCCUCCCCCCGCCGCCGAUCGCGACCUCCGUCGUCUCGGCGGCGCGGAGGCAGCGGCGGACGGCGACGGUAGCAGAUGGGACGGAACCGGGGAGAGGAUCAAGAGGAGGAGACGAGCGACGACGAAGGCGCGUUCCCGGGUGCACGAGUGCUCGCUGUGUCCGAAGAGGUUCCGGACGGGGCGGGCGCUGGGAGGGCACAUGAAGAGCCACUGGGAGCGGGAUCUCCACGGAAGGGUGGUCAAGAAGAAGACGAGGAAGCUCAGCUCCUUGCUAGGGUUAGGGUUAGGGCUAGGCUUCGGUCUCGACCUCGAUUUGCCCUUUCCUUCCCCUCCUAAUCCCAAGCCCGGGAAGUUUUCUUCGGAAGGAAAGGAAGGAGAUGACGAAUACGGCGGCGGCGAUUCUUUGGCGGAGGAUUCAUCGUCGUUGCUGCAUCCGUUCUAA